CAUUUUUAUGCUUCUUGUUUUUCCCUCUUUUCGUCUCCAAACAAAACCAUCAACACACACACAGUUCAAUCGAAUUACUCGACGUUCUUCAAACAUACACACAGAUCAAGAACUCUUUUUAGGGUUUUUACCUUUUAUGAUUAAAGUUUUGAACUGAAGUCUGAUACUCAUCCGACUGUUAGUCUAGUUUACCGGUAAAUGCGUCAGAAGAAAUCAGGCUUUCAGAUCGGAGAAGAAACUUUUUAUCAAAAAUCCAAUUUCAAAAUCCAAAUCCCAGCUGAUAUCAAUGAACAACAACCCAAUUUCAAACAAGAAUUAUCACCCACAAAACAACAUCUGUUCUCAAAUCGUCAUACACGAUCUCAGCUCAUGAAUACUCAACAGCAAAACCACCACCGGAAAACUCAUCAGAAGUCCUUAGUCUGUUGUUCAUCUUCAGAAGCUCUUUUAGCCACGAAAUCAGUUGUUUUAAAAGUGUUGAAGCUUAGUCAUGUGAAGGUCUUUUGGAUUAAAGCCCCUUCAAGGGUUUUAAUCCUUCUCUGUUUGCCUUCCGUUUACUUCAUCUCCUUAAACCAUCAUGAAUCUAUGUAUCUUUACAUACUCUUCUUAAUUAUUACCCUUUGUAUUCUUUUUUUAUCUCUUCUUAAUCUUCCUUCGAUCCGAUUAUUUAUCGCCAGAAAUCUCCCAAUUUUUAACCUUUCAAACAUCGGUAAUGCAUCAAAAACACCACCAGUUGUUUGGUCAAUCGGGUCAAAGAACCAAUUUGAAUUCAGCACAAUCUCCGGGUUCGUGGUGAAGGUUUACAGCAAUGGAGAUGUUUACGAAGGUGAGUUUUAUAAAGGAAAGUGUUCAGGAAGUGGAGUGUAUUACUAUAACAUGAACGGAAGAUACGAAGGCGAUUGGGUCGAUCAAAAGUACGAUGGCUAUGGCGUUGAAACAUGGGCCAAAGGCAGCAGGUAUAGAGGCCAGUAUAGACAAGGAUUGAGACAUGGAUAUGGAGUUUACAGAUUUUUCGCCGGAGAUAUGUACGCCGGAGAAUGGAUAAAGGGGCAGUGCCACGGCCGUGGGGUUCAUACUUGCGACGACGGUAGCAAGUAUUUUGGGGAAUUCAAAGGAGGCUUGAAACAUGGACUUGGUCACUACCAUUUCAGAAACGGCGAUAUGUAUUCCGGCGAGUAUUUCGCAGACAUGAUGCAUGGUUUUGGUGUGUAUCAUUUCGCAAAUGGACAUCGAUAUGAAGGCGCUUGGCAUGAAGGAAGAAGACAAGGGUUUGGUAUGUAUAGUUUCAGAAACGGCGACACCCAAUCCGGUCACUGGGACGACGGCGUUCUCACCGUUUCUCCACCGUUAAUUUCUCAAGCCAAAGUUGACAAAUCAGUCGAGGAAGCAAGACGUAUGGCGGAGAAAGCGAUUGGUGGAGAUGUGGCGGAGGAGAAGGUGAAUAGAGCAGUGGCGGCGGCUAACAGGGCGGCGAAUGCAGGAAGGGUGGCGGCGGUUAAGGCCGUGCAGAGGCGAUCAGACCACCGGAGUGAUAUUGAUGAUCUGUCACUGCUCAUUGUCUGAAUUUUUGUUGGAUUGGAGCGUGUGAUGGUGGCCGGAGUUUGACCUUUUCGAUUAAAGGGCAAAUAGAGAUGAUUGUAGAUGAC